CCGCCCAGGUCCCGCCCUUACGUCGGUUACGCCCCCAACCGCCGCAGCCUGCGAUGUGCCCCCGCCCCUACUCUGCACGCUCGAUUUCCUGCAGACCCGGAAACCGACGGGGGAAAAACAGGUAUAGUCAAGAAAAGAGGAAUCAAAUGGGUUUGAUUAAAUCCGUGAAAGAGAAGUUUCUCUUGCUCAGAAACGUGCAAGAAUAAUCUUACCUGAGAAAUAAGCCCAGAAGAAGAGGAAGGAAUGGCCCUUUUCCAGGGACAGUUGACAUUCAAGGAUAUGUUUAUAGAAUUCUCUCAGGAGGAGUGGGAAUGCCUGGACUGUGCCCAGAGGGCCUUGUACAGGGACGUGAUGUCAGAGAACUACAGGAACCUGCUCUCCCUGGGUGAGGGUAACUUCCCUCCAGAAAUCGGAAGCCUUCCUGCUGUAUUUGCAGUAAAGGAAUUACUACCGAGAGUGGACGUUGAUGAAGGAGAAUUACACAAUCCAUUGAUACUGGAAAGAAAUGAAAGCCACAGCACCAAGGAUUUUGACCUCAAGGAAGGCUGGGAACAUAUGUAUGAGUUUGAGAAGGAGUGUGGACAUGAUGCAGAAAAUUACAAAGGAGUGCCUUUGAUCUGUAGCAAAAAUUUCAGAGGUAUAAAAGAUCAACAACACAAUAAAUCCUCAAUUAAUUUUCCUCAAAAGGAGAGUGUUUUUGUAAGAAAUAAUACACACCAAUAUUUCAUGCAUGACAAGCCAUUUACAAGGAAUUUGUUAAAACUGAAAAAUAAUCUAAGUGAUGCUGGAAAAAAGUAUGUGAAGUGUUUGGAAAAUAGAAUUGGAUUAAGUUUGCAGGCACACCUCGCUGAACUGCAGAUACUUCGAAGUGAGGAGAAAAUUUAUGACUGCAGUCAUCUUGAGAAGUCUGUCAACAAUGGUUCCUCAGUUUCACCACUUUCAAAAAUUCCUCCCAGCUUCAAAAACAUUUCUAAUAAAUGUAGGAGGAUUUUAAAAUAUUUUUUGUUACCUGCACAGUAUGGGAGAACACACGCUGGGGAAAAAUCUUACAAAUGUAAGGACUGUGGGAAGGCUUUUAGCAAAAACUCAAACCUCAGGAAUCAUGAGAUCAUUCAUUCUGGACAGAGACCUUACAAAUGUAAUGAGUGUGGCAAAGCUUUUAAUCAGCGUUCACACCUUACUACGCAUCGGAAAAUUCAUACUGGAGAGAAACCAUAUAAAUGUAAUGUAUGUGGCAAGGUGUGUAAUGGACAUUCAAGACUUGCAAUUCAUCAGAGAAUCCAUACUGGAGAGAAACCUUACAAAUGUAAUGAGUGUGGUAAGGCUUUUUUCCAACGUUCACAACUUUGGGUUCAUGAGAGAAUUCAUACUGGUGAGAAACCUUACAUAUGUAAUCAAUGCAGCAAAGCCUUUGCUGUGCGUUCCAGCCUUACUAGACAUAAGAGAAUCCAUACUGGAGAGAAACCUUACAAAUGUUAUGCAUGUGGCAAAGGCUUUAUGUGUCAUUCACAUCUUAAUGAGCAUAAGAAAAUUCAUACAGGAGAGAAACCUUACAAAUGUAAUGAGUGUGGCAAAGCUUUUACCCAAUUUGCAAACCUUACUACGCAUCAGAAAAUUCAUACUGGGGAGAAACCUUACAAAUGUAGUGAGUGUGGCAAAGCUUUUACCCAAUUUGCAAACCUUACUAGGCAUCAGAAAAUACAUACUGGAGAGAAACCAUACAAAUGUAAUGUGUGUGGCAAAGCUUUUAUUGAACGGAAAGGCCUUACGGAUCAUCAGAGAAUUCAUACAGGAGAAAAACCUUAUAAAUGUAAUAAAUGUGAUAAGGCUUUUUCCAGACAUUCCCAACUUUGGAGUCAUAAGAGAAUCCAUACUGGAGAGAGAGCUUAAAAAUUUAAGAAAUCUUACAAAUGUAAAAAAUGUAAAGCCUUUAAUUGGCAUUCAAAUCUUAUUCAACAUCAGAGAAUUUAUACUGGAGAGAAGCCUCACAAAUGUAGAGAAUGUGGCAUAACCUUUAACCAUUGCUCAAACUUUACCAUCCAUUGGAGAAUCCGUACUGGAGAGAAACCUUACAAAUGUAGAAAAUGUGGCAAAGCCUUUAACCAAAGUUCAAACUGUACUCAUCAUCAGAGAAUUCAUACUGGAGAGAAUCCUUAGAAAUGUAAUGAAUGUGGCAAAGCUUUUAACCAUGGAACCCAGGACAUGUUCAACAGGUUUCCUUCUCAGUCAUCUGAUAUAGCCAACUACUCGCCUCCUGCCAGCGGUAGAAACUCUGAAACUGCCUUCGCCCGCAGGGUGCUUCCAGCCUUGCGCAAAUCUGCGCUUUGCGCACGCCCAGUGUGGGCUGCCACUCCCAGAAGUCCCCGGGGCUCGGGCAGGGCAGGUGCUUCACUUCCCGGCUUUCCAGACCCUGUUUCAUCUGCUGCAUUCCAGGAGGGCUUCCUGCUCCUCUUCCGUGUCCCUGGUGGCGCGCUGCGCGGGAGUCGUACCCAUCUGAAGAAGAAAUGCGUGUGGGUCGCUACAGAAAAGACUGCAGACGUUCGCUGGAGCCGGCGUCGCACGGUGAGUGGUGGUGAGAGGGGGGUUGCGGGAGGCGCUCAGAGCGGGAAAGCCCGGGGCGCAGGAGAGGAAGUCCGCCCACCGCCUCGGCCUGUGGGUGUUCGAGCAGUGGAAGAAGGUGCUGUUACGUGUCUGGGUUUUCUGGACUUUGCUUUUCUGAUAGAGGAACGCAGAGGACUGAUCCACUCUUGCAGGUCUAAAACCAUGGCCCAUAAGACUUUGUACUGGGACGUGAUGAUGGAGAACUAUGGUAACUUGGUCUUACUGGCAGGCCAUUCCAUUUCUAAGCCAGAUGUAAUUACCUUAUUGGAGCAAGGAAAAGAUCCCUGUAUGGUUGUAAGGGAAGAAACAAGAAGGUGGUGUACAGAUUUGGAAUCAAGAUAUGAAAGACUCAGCCAUGGAAAAACAUACGCUUAUACAAAACAUUCAUCUUUUACUCUACAUCACAGAAUUGAUAAUGGAGAGAAACCCUAUGAAUGUAAGGAGUGUGGCAAGGCCUUUAAUCGUAAUACAGACCUUAGAGUACAUACGAGAAUUCAUACUGGUGAGAAACCCUCUGAAUGUAAGGAAUGUGGAAAGGCCUUUAGUCAUGCCUCAAACCUUGCUCAACAUUGAAGAGUUCAUACUGGUGAGAAGCCAUAUGUAUGUAAGGAAUGUAGGAAGGCCUUUAGUGACAUUGGAACACUUAAAAUACAUCAGAGAAUUCAUACUGGUGAGAAACCCUGUGAGUGUAAAGAUUGUGGGAAGGCUUUCAGGAGUAGCCAUCAACUUAGUAUACAUUAUAGAUUUCAUACUGGUGAGAAAUCCUAUGAAUGUAAGGAAUGCGGGAAGGCUUUAGUGUGUAUGGACGACUUCCAUCAGAGUAUUCAUAGUGGUAAGAAAUCAUUUGAUUGUAACAAGUGUGGGAAGUCUUUUAGGCUUAGUUCAAGCCAAAUACAUUAGAGUAUUCAUAGUGGUGAGAAACCCUUUGAAUGUAACAAAUAUGGGAAGUCCUUUAGGCUUAGUUCAAUACUUAAAGUACAUCACUGA